AUGAACAAGGUUCUAGGGUCCAGUGUUUCAGUCCCUCUGGAACCACUACUUUGGUUCACCAAGUUUAGCAAGACUCUAGGGUCUACCAUUGCUUUUGCAAAUAACAAGCGUUUUAACCAGCAAUUGCCAGCCAAAGAGACACCAUCAGUUGCAGACUGUGAAAUCAUCAGGGAUUUAACUAAGUUGGUUUCCAGCUUCUCGGGUGCUACAACAAAUGAAGGGAAUGUUAUGUACGCUAGAUGGGAAAGCGAGUUAAUGAAUUUUUUUAAUAUGUACAAAGACGAGAACUUAAACGAUAAAUAUAAAGUGGAAUUAGCAAGCUUAACUUUGAGAGAAAGUGCUUUAGGUUAUUUUAGAGAAAUUGAAUCUUCAGUUAGCUCUGUUGAACAAUUAGUUGGUUUAAUGGGUAAAAGAUUGGAUACUAGAUUAAAUAAGCUACAGGUUUAUUUAAAAUUACAAGCUUUGUAUUCCAUUUCAGAUUUCAAAGAGCUUGCCAAAGCUAUCACUGAAGUAGAAAACAAGGCUCCUCCAGGAUUUCCUCAUUGUUUUUACAUUGCUACAUUUUUAGUUGCAUCACCACCUGAAAUUAGAAGUUUUAUGUCAGCUGAUAAUAUUGAUUUGACUUCAUCGUGGCGUACUUGUUUAAAUAGAGCUAGAUGCUAUGCCAGUAACUUAGGUAUAUCAAAUAGUAUGGUAUCAAAUACAGGUAGAACUUAUCACAACUUUCUAGCAAAAUUGGUGAGAAAUAGUCAUAACAAUAAAGAUGAUUCUUAG